AUGGACGAAGACGGAGAGAAACAUGUUCUUACCAAACGAUCAUCUUCUCCUGAGUUAUCCGACAAAAGAUCUGGUGAUGAAGGUGAUUGGCGUCGUAUCCCCGAAUGGAGACAUCUAUGGAAGUAUGUUCCUAGAUUAGAUUUGGAUGAAGCUGAUUUCACACAAUUCGAUACUCUUGUGAGUUUUAUCGAUAGCUUUCUGAGUGUCAACCGUGAGUCAUCCUUAAACAAGUUUAAGUUAAGAAUCUAUUGCAAUCAUGAUCGUGAUAAGGAGACUAAUAAUGCUCAUAUGGCGCGGUGGAUCAGCGCAAUCUUUGAGCAGAACGUUCAGCAUGUCGAUCGUACAUGGCUUCCAGUGGAGGUACCUCCUAUACUCUACUUAUGUGAGAGUUUGGUAACUUUAAGGCUUUGUGGCGUAGUCUUGGCAAAUCUUGAGUUUAUGUACUUACCGCUUGUCAAAGUCCUCGCUCUAGAAUGGGUUAUAUUUGCAAAUGAAUUGGCUUUGGAAAAGCUUAUCUCAGGUUGUCUAGUUCUCGAAAGCUUAAGUUUUUGCAAAUGUUCAUUAGACAAUGUAAACGUUUUACGUGUGAGAUCUCAGUCUCUAUUGAGCUUCAACUAUUAUGGCCCUAGUUCCCGUGAUCUUCAUUUUAAAGAUCUAGUGGUUACUAUUGAUGCCCCAAAGCUUGAGAUCCUCAAGCUCUCUCAUCAAGCAAAUAUCAAGGUUGAGUUUAACUUUUGUGUGGGGAAAAAGUUUAAUCCGAAUGAUCUGUCAAAGAGAAAAAUGAUUCUUCAUUUUCUUGUCGCCAUCUCUCGUGUCAAAAAUAUGACCAUCGCUGCAUCUACUCUUGAGAUCAUUUAUGAUUACUCAAGAUGUGAACCGGUUCCCUUAUUUCGUGACAUAUCUUUGCUGCGUGUUGAAUUCUAUCAGGACAGAUGGGAAAUAUUGCCAUUUUUUCUUGAGAGCUGCCCGAAUGUGAAAUCUCUUGUCGUGGAAUCUGAUUAUUAUACAAAGGAGAGAACUAGUAUCUUAUCUCGACCUCGGCGUCUCCUAUCAUCUCUCGAGUAUGUUAAGAUAAAAUCGUCAUGGGACAAGUUGGAGAUGAAAUUAGUGAGUUACUUCAUUGAGAACUCACCAAUCCUCAAGAAAGUCACUCUAUGUUUGGAUGGUUGUUCCAGAAAGGAAUCUGUCAUCCUCAGAGAACUGCUUACCAUUCCUAGACUCUCUAGCUCAUGCCAAGUUGUCGUCCUCUGA